AUGGUGGAGUAUGCUUCGAACACGUACACCUACAUUCUGGGUUGUGCUGCCACGAAAAAAGCCAUCAUCAUCGAUCCGGUUAUCGAGACCGCUCAUAGGGAUGCUAAGAUCCUUCGCGAUCUUGAGCUCGAUUUAAUAUACGGGUUAAACACGCAUGUCCACGCUGAUCAUGUUACCGGUACCGGAGUUUUGAAGUUGGCAUAUCCACACAUGAAAUCAGUCCUUUCGAAGCACUCUGGAGGCAAAGCUGACCAUUAUGUGGACGAUGGCGACAAGAUUAAAUUUGGCCACGAACACCUCGAAGUACGUACCACACCCGGACAUACCGACGGAUGUGUAACCUAUGUUUCACAUGCACAUAAGAUGGCUUUCACGGGCGACGCGCUGCUGAUUCGUGGUUGCGGAAGAACCGAUUUCCAACAAGGAAAUGCUCACACCUUGUAUCGGUCAGUAUGGGACAAAAUUCUCAGUCUGCCGGACGACUUCAUUUCUCCGCUACGUAGGACACAAACUAUCGGCUCCUUUCAGCACCAUCGGUCUGAAAAGGUUGCUGAAGAGAAACGGUUCAAUCCGCGAAUGACCAAAUCCGAGGACGAAUUCGUAGAACUCAUGAACAAGCUCAACCUUGAAUACCCCAAACAAAUUGAGCGCGCGCUUCCAGCGAAUCUCAAGGAUGGCCAACUCUGA